UCGAUGCACAAGAUUUGAUUGCCAAGAAUCCCCCUUGGCCAAAGCAAAGAAUCCAGCGUUAAUGUCUUUAGCUACGUGUCCCUUCACCGCUAUCUUCUUGUCUGUUCGUCUUUCGUGCAGCUGGUUGCGGAAGAAACCAUGGCUGCAGCCAUUUCCACUCUCUCCAUCCUCUUCAUGGUUUGGACGAUCAAAGCUGUUGAUGGAGCCGGCAUUGGCAUCAGCUUCGGCAGAGCCGCAAGCAAUCUCCCCCCACCCGUCCAAGUCGCGCAGGUCCUCGCCCACAGCACCACCUUCGACUGCGUCAAACUCUUCGACGCCGACCCCGCCACCGUGCAGGCCUUCGCCAACACCGACCUCGCCGUCGACGUCACCGUGCCGAACGACUUCGUCGCCAACCUCACCGACCUCAGAUUCGCCCACAAAUGGGUGCGAACCAACAUCGUCCCUCGUGUCGACGACACCAACAACGCCCACAUACUCGUCGGCACCGAGGUGAUCUCCACGGCCAACAGGUCACUGGUCUCCAGCCUCGUGCCGGCCAUGCAGAACCUGCACACCGUCCUCACCAGCUUGUCGCUGCAGCACCGCAUCAAGGUCGCUUCCCCGCAGUCCCUCGGCGUCCUCUCCACCUCCAACCCCCCCCCGUCCACCGGAAAGUUCAGGGAAGGGCGUGUCGCCGAGGUGAUGAGGCCGUUGCUGAGCUUCUUGAGAGCCACCGGCUCCCCUUUCACGGUGAACGCGCACCCGUUCUUCGGAUUCGCCGUCGACACGCUCGACUACGCCCUGUUUCGGCUGAACCCCGGCGUGGAGGACCAGAACACGGGGCUGGUCUACUCCAACAUGUUGGACGGGCAACUGGACGCCGUCUUCUCCGCCAUCAAGCGCUUGGGCUUCGACGACGUCGACAUCGUGAUAUCUGAGACGGGGUGGCCGUCGGUCGGCGACCCACGGGAGCUCGGCGUCAACGUCGAUAACGCCCGGAACUACAACAAGAACCUGGUGCAGCACGUCUCUUCCGGCACCGGCACGCCGCUCAAGCCCAACCGCACCUUCGAGGCGUACAUCUUCUCGCUCUUCGACGAGAACCUGAAGCCCGGGCCUCUCUCCCAGCGGAACUUCGGCCUGUUUCAUCCUGAUCUGCUGCCCGUCUACAUCGGAGUCCUAACAACAGAGGUAGAGAGCCUCGUUCCCAAUAACUUCAGACCAACGCGGGUGGAUCUUCUUCUCUUGUCUUUUUCUUGCAGGUGGGAGGUCACGCCACCGCUGCAGUGCAAACACUGAACCCAACACACUCCGAUUCAAAGCGAUGGUGCAUUCCGAAGCCGAACACCGACGUCGAGUAUGUCUGCGGGC